UACAACAUGGCUACUUAUCAAUCUAUCUAUUUAGAUGGCGAAUAUGGAUAGAAUGUCUGGUGCGGAGUACCUAGCCUCCAUUUAUGGUACAGAGAAGGACAAAGUCAAUUGCUCUUUCUUCUUUAAAAUCGGAGCAUGUCGGCACGGAGACAAGUGCUCUCGCACUCAUAUUAUUCCAACAUUUUCUCAAACAGUUCUUCUGAAAAAUCUCUAUCAUAAUCCUGUUAUCGAUAUGCGCCAAGCUGAUGCUUGCACAAAAGUCGGCAUGAUGAACAAGGAUGAACAGCAAUAUUUUGACGAGUUUUUUGAGGAGAUUUUCACUGAAAUCAAUGAUAAAUACGGUGAAAUCGAAGAGAUGGAGGUAUGCGAUAACAUCGGCGAACAUAUGAUUGGAAAUGUCUACGUCAAAUUUGCCAGGGAGGAGGAUGCAGAAAAAUGUGUGAAGGCCCUAGACAACAGAUGGUUCAAUGGUCAGGCGAUAUAUGCAGAACUUUCUCCAGUAACAGAUUUUCGUGAAGCAUGUUGCCGUCAGUAUGAACUCGGAGGUUGUAAUAAGGGCGCAUUUUGCAACUUCAUGCAUCUGAAGCCCAUAUCAACAGAUCUUCGCCGUAAAUUAUACAAGGGUCGUAAGAGGAGUCCUCCUAGAUACCACGGUGGAAGAGACCGGGAAAUGCGAGGUGAUCGCCGAAGGGACUUUGGCGGACGAGGUGAUUUUGGCGGUCGCGGAGAUUAUGGAGGGCGUACAAAUGUUAGAGCCUUUCAUGACGGACGUGGACUGCUUGGACAAAGUACCAGCGGGUGUGGCGGUGAUUUGCUAGUUGCUCCUUCAUUGUCUGUCGUUGUUUUAGCUUUGAGGAGCUUUGUCGCCAUGAGUCGCGUUUUAGAUGUAUUGAAGUGUGUGGAUCGAACUCGAUCAACGACUAUACUAAAUGAUUUUCGACAGGGAGGGGCAGACCGCCUCAUGGUUGUAGCCGAUUUUGACUACACUCUCAGUGCUCGUAGAGGGGAAAACGGAGAGAAGGGUUGUUUGACGCAUCAGUGUUUCGAUGCCAGCAAAAUAGUGGAAGGCAGCGAUACUAUCGGGGAUUUGCAGGAUCUCAUGAACACCAACUAUUUGCAAUCUUAUUCUGCUUGUGUCAGCGAUGAAGAACGUUCGAAAGUCAACAUCAAAUGGUGGAAUGAUUCUCACGACAUCAUCAUACGGUCGAAGAUGCAUCGAGAUGAGAUUCCUGCCAUAGUGCAAUCUUCUAAACUUAUCUGGAGAAAAAGCGUGCGUCAAGUGUUUGAAGUUCUGGAAAAAUACUCUGUCCCAUUGCUGAUAUUCUCAGCGGGCUUGUCUGACAUUAUUAAUGAAGCCAUAAGGCAGCUUUUGGGGCACGUACCCGGCAACGUAGUCACUGCAGCCAAUGUUAUGUACUUUGAUAAAAAAGGAUUUGUAACCAGGUUCACUGACCCACCUCUUCAUUCUCUGGCUAAAAACGUACCCCGACUUCGUGAACUUAUACCGGAUGUGGACGAUAGGUACAAUGAGAGAACGAAUGUGUUGCUUGUAGGAGAUACUGAAAAUGACUCAGUAAUGGUAGAUGGUUGGGGAAAACAUGUACUGAAGGUCGCAUUUCAGGACGAGAAGCGACCGCCCUUGAAAACCUUUGAUGUACUUAUCACGCAAUCUGACUGCGAUCCCUUAGUCGAAGUUAUAAAUUAUAUAUGUUCAACAUCGCAAUCUCAAUAA